UCAACCACCAAUCUGUGGACCAUUCGACCCAGUCCGAUCUACGUACUCCGCCUACUCCUUGCAGCAGAGGCUCGUGCCUCACAUGCAAAGGAGACUUGGCUGCCUGCUUGGCUCCCGUCUCUUGGCGACGAUUUACGUCAUAGUCAGCACCCUCCCAACAGUCUUCUGCCUGCGGCAGAUGUCUCGACCAAAGCCAUGACCGAGGCUUUUGCAUCCGCCGCCUUUGACGCCGAAAAUAGAGAUAAUCUGAUCUCUUCAAUCAGUCAGUCGGGUUUCUACAAUAAACUCGGCGCGUUGGACAUUUGUCGGCACCGACGCAGUCUGCUACAGCGACUGGUCGUAGUGAUGUGGAGUCAUGACGAGGCAGAUCGGAACCACGCUUUGGCCCUGAUGAUCUAUACUCGUCUUGCUGAGUAUUUGGUAAGAUCUUCCAUUCCGUCUCCUCUUUAG